UUGAUCUCAUAAUAAUACCAGUCAUUAGGACAACCUUUUUUGUAACAUAAAGAUUAACUCAUUAGGACAAUCAUUCAUUUAUACAUAAGACAAUUAUAAAAAGUAAAGAAAAAAAUCAUUGCAUUACCAAAUUAAGAUUUCUAUAACUUACACAAAUCUUGGUAUUUUAUUAUCUAUCCACAAAAUUAAAGACAAAACCACUAAUUACAAAGGGAUGUUACAAAAAUAAAAAUAAAUUACCAACAUUGCAACUGGAUCUCAUAAUAAUGCCACACUAGGUUCCAACAUGUAUAUAUAAACAACCUUCCUCUCCACCAAAUAUUCCAACAAAGAAAAGCAACUAAGAACCCGCCAUAACAAAACUAUGAUGUCGAAGAAGAAAGAAAGCAUCGGACGACAAAAAAUUCCAAUGGUGAAAAUAAAGAAAGAGAGCCACCGGCAAGUCACAUUCUCGAAACGCAGAGCCGGUCUCUUCAAGAAAGCUAGUGAGCUCUGCACGUUGUGUGGUGCAGAGAUUGGGAUCAUCGUGUUUUCUCCUGCAAAAAAGCCUUUCUCAUUCGGACAUCCGAGUGUCGAAUCUGUAUUGGAUCGUUACAUGUCUCGAAACAAUAUGUCCUUAGUUCAGACGCAGCAACCGCAAGGAAGCCCUGCAGCGAGCUGCGAGCUGAAUAUGCAGUUAACGCAUAUUUUGAGCGAGGUAGAGGAAGAGAAGAAGAAAGGUCAAGCUAUGGAAGAAAUGAGAAAAGAGAGUGUGAGGCGGUCGAUGAUCAAUUGGUGGGAAAAGCCAGUAGAGGAGAUGAAUUUGGUUCAGUUACAAGAAAUGAAAUAUGCAUUGGAGGAGUUGAGGAAGACGGUUGUGACAAAUAUGGCAUCGUUUAAUGAGGCGAAAGACGAUGUGUUUGGUUUCUUGGACAACAAAGUGACGGCUCCUCCUUACAUGAACAUGUCUUCUGGUCUCUCAAGUAUUUAUUAUGCCAACGGAAAUGGUUGUUUCUGAUUCACAAAUGCUUUUGGUUUUUGUGAUUUUUUUUUUUGGUAGCAAUAGAAAGAAAAAUGAAUCAAAUAACUUGUAGGCUAGUAUCUUGCUAGCUGUAUUUUCUUUCUUCAAAUUAUUUUUGUUUCUUUAGCACCAUAGAGAUAAUACGAUAAAUGGAUUCAUGUCAACUUGUCAAGGAUCAAAUCUUUAUUAAUGUUUAUCAGGUUGAACUACUUGAAUGGUAGAUUAUAUGUUAAAUGGAUAUAUACCUUUAAAUUAUGAUUUUAAAAACUGAUAGCUUAGAGUUUCAUCGCUUGUUAGAGGUUUUUUUUUUCAUGUCUUAUGAGAUUAAUGAAAAAAGAUAACAAAUCAGGUAAUACAACCAAAAACAGAGCAUAAUCACUCCAAACCUCCUCAAUGCGGUUAUGAAGCCAGGCUUGACCUCCCAUUGCUAGGUAUGAGUUGAAACGCCCAUCUCUCGUAACACUUUGAGCAAUAUUUCUAGCCAAUGAAUUCGCUUUUGGCGUGGAGACAAAGGAUUUAUACUGCCAUGGAUUGCAGUCAAACAAUAACUCAAUAAGUCCCAAGUUGUCAAUAUGUAGAUCUCGAAGACUUUGGCUGGUCCAUAGAAAAUACUAAAGCUCAGCUGCAAUGCGGUUGAUAGUAGGAAAAAGAGCAUCCUGGUUUACGGCCAUGAAAAGAAGCUGCACGAGUGUAGUCCCGAACAAUCCAUGCUCCACCACAAAUGAAGGCUUGCUAAUCCAUGAAGCGUGGACAUUGCAUUUCAUCACAC